UAUUAGUAAAGUAAAACAUUGUGGUCUAUGGAGUGAGUAGUGUAAUUUUGUCAAAUUCAUGACAUUAAUAACGUAAAUGUGUGAAAUUCAGGAUUAUUCUAUAGUGCAUAAGGAUAUUUAUGUCAGUAAAUAUUCGGGGUGCUCCGAAAUGGACUUAUACAUCACCGAUUCCCUCCAGGACAUGCUGGACAUGGACAUAAAGAAUGAAAUAGCUACAGAUUUGAGCAGCGUAACUGAUUUUUCUGAUUCAUUAGGAUUAAAUUUCUCAGAAAUGCCACCAUUACUAGACAUGGACACCGAUAACUCGGUCACGUGGCUCUGCAAUACUUCGUCAAGUUUUGUACAGAACCUAGAUUUAUAUGGCUCCGAAGCGGAUGCCGUGAUGGUCAAUCCAAACUCAGUGAUGCCAUCCACCUUUGCAGACACCCCCGUAAAGAGUAUGGUGAAGGAGGAGGCGUCGAACCUUCUAUUAACAUCAGUUGUGAAUAACGACUUGAAUACAAGCACGUCACCCAGUCCAAACGAAGAUAAGAGUCACCUAACAUUCUCCCCGAACACAAUCAAAGUAAAGCAAGAGCCUGAAGACACAUCAAAGAAGCCCGACGAAGCCCCGCAAAUGGUUAUCUACGUACGAAAACAAGACAAGAACGUUGUAAAGGACCUGUUAAAGGACUUAGAUACGAGCAAUGUCAAACUGAGCACAUCAUUAUCACCCCUCACAAGAAUAAAAACAAAUCAGCCAGAAAUAAUCAAAGUCAACAAGAACUGUCCCAUUAUCAAUACUAGCACGAAAAUAUCCCAACAGAUCGGGACUAAGACGAUAAUAUCCGGGAAUAUACAUAUACUGGACACGCAGCAAUCUAGGACAAUUAUAGCUAAUAAUAAGAGCCAGGCGGCGAUUUUAAUUGAAAAUUCGUUGAGCAAUAGGCAAAUUAUCAAAACCUCGGUGGGAGGCUCAUAUAUGGAUAGUCAGGCUAAAUAUGUAAAUACUAGUAAAAAUGCCACGAGCGAGUUUCCUAAGCCAGCGUAUUCCUACUCAUGCUUAAUAGCCAUGGCCUUGAAGAACUCCCGCACUGGCAGCUUACCAGUUUCGGAGAUUUAUAACUUUAUGUGUCAACACUUUCCAUACUUCAAAACAGCACCAAAUGGUUGGAAGAAUUCAGUGAGACAUAACCUAAGUUUGAAUAAAUGUUUCGAGAAAAUCGAAAAGCCUUCGAGUAACGGAAGUCAACGCAAAGGUUGUUUAUGGGCUAUGAACCCAUCGAAAGUUGGCAAAAUGGAUGAAGAAGUACAGAAGUGGUCUCGGAAGGAUCCUCAGGCUAUUAAGAAGGCUAUGGUGUAUCCUGAAAGCUUAGAAGCCCUAGAACGCGGGGAGAUGAAGUACUCCGGCUUCGGGAGCGACACGGAGGCGGAGGACGACGCUGACGUGGAUGUCGACCCGCUCCUUGACCCUGACCUCGAAAUUGAUCCCGAGGUCAAAGAGGAAGUUGACGACGACACACUAGUCGAACAGGAGGUAUCGGAAGAAGAGCUGGAAGUAGAAGAAGUGGUAGAGGGCACGGGGAUGAUCGGAGGCACUUGCAGACUUCUCGCCGCUGCCCCGCACUACUCCGACGAUUAUGAUCAGAUCGAGAUAUUAGAUCGAUCGUAUGAAGAAAUCGAGUUGGACGUCACGAAACCCGUGAAAUUGGAUUUGUCUUUUGAAGAGGAUUAUUCGAUCCAACCGGCAAAAAAAGCAAAAAGCAGCUUCAUCUACAAGCCGAUGGGUUCCCAAUCCCACACGAACAGACGAAAAACUCCACUCGUCAAUAGAGUGGCUUUAGUUUAAUUGAAUUGUGAUCAAGAAGUCUCCAUAGUUUUAGUUUCGUAUUUUUUCUUUAAGUCAAGUGAUUUUGUUUAAGUGAAAGUGACAUAUCGCGCAUAGGUAAGAAUAAAGAUGGAUAUUUUUCUGUAUUCACAAAUUAACGAUAACCUACUACCCUCGUAUAUUAAAGACGUGUGAACGUCUAACAGCAAAUGUAGAAAUGUUGAUGCAAAUAAUUUAAAACCAGUAUUAAAAUCUAAUACUGAUCCCAGAUUAAUUUUAGACAAAUGUUAAGAAAAACAAAACGAAUUUUUGACACAUGUAUUAAUGUACAUACAGACUAAACAUUGUUAUAACAACGAGCAGAUACAUUUCUAUGUCAUUGAAGAUUAAGUCAGAUUCAGGGGAUCGACCCUUAAUCGACCAAUUCAAAAGUAUUCUUUGACUGCGAAUACAACUCUCCACUUUGGAACACAUUGUCGGCAUUACUUAAGUAACUUUAGUAAAUUAUAUCGAUUAGGGUAUAUUUUUGCAGUUGAAUAUCAAUCUUUAUUAAGACUGAUUUAGUUUUGAAGUAUUGGCGAUCGUAGUUAAUAAGUAGAACACUGAUGAGUACAAAAAUAUGAAUUUUUGAAUUUUGCUACUCUGUUCGUUUUUUUACGAUAGUAGUUUUAGUUUAGUAUUGUCAAGUAUCGUAGAAAGAUCUACAGCGGGUAUUUUACUAAAGAUCCCACCGCUUGUACAUAUUAUUGAUAAUUAAUUGCUUUUAUUUGUUGACACUGGCAGAUUUUCUAGCCAUUUCUGAAUCCAAUAUUACCAAUUGACGUCUAGUGUUCUAGCUUCUAUUGAAAUGAACAUUAAUUUCAUGAUAGUUUUGCUCUCGGACGAAGGCAUAUUGUAUGCCUGUAUUUUUAAAACCAACAAAUUGUAUAAGUGUUUGAAGUGAAAUAUUUUGUGUGACAUACUUAGAAAAUUGUUCUCUAGUUAGAAAAUGUCAAUAUUACCGAGAAACUCCAUGACCUCUCUGAAGUUAGCAACACGGUGAGUGUUUGUAAUUUGCACAUUUUUCAGCAACUUCACAGUGGUUUUAAAGUUUGUUACAUUCAUAUUACAUUUAUUUUCAAACAACUUUGAAUGUAUUCAAGGAAUUUAAAUUUGUUGAAUGCAUUUGAAUAUUAGAAAAAAACUCCAUGUUUUACUUUAUAUGCUUAUUGUUGAGGGAAUGUGUUUGUUAUUGGGUUCAGUUAUGAUUAGUGUAAGAUUUUGUAAUACAUUUCCGUUCCUAUAUUGCUCUAAAAGUACCUAGAGUUCUAUAGGAACCUAUAGCAUUUACUAGCCUAAGAAUUAAAUUUAGUGUAUGGAUGUAAAUGGUAAGAAUAAAGUUGAAAGUGUAAAGCAAUAAACUACAUUGAUAUGGAGCCCAUAAGUGUACUGGGAUUCUUAUGUAUUUGAUUGAAGAAAUAGGGAUAAUGACACCUUAGAAUGUGUAUUUACAUAAAAAUGUAUGGUGCCUGUGCGGCUAGUCUUAUUGACAAGGUUUUUGAAAUGUCUCAAAUUAUGUAUACUGGCUUAAAAACACAAGCCAUUAGUUCUAAAUAAUGUUUGUAACCAUUUUUU